AUGAUCCCUGAGGCUAUAGAAAUUGCAUCGGUUAUCAUUCUGAUAGUGUCGAAAGAGUAUUUUGAUAGUAAGUCAUGCCGUCAAGAACUCAGCUAUGCUAGUGAUGUAUUGAAGAAACGUAUUAUUCCUAUUUAUCCAAAUACUGUCCAGAAAGAGUACCAAGCAACAGGUUGGUUGGGCAUUAGAACAGCUGGAUUAAAAUAUAUUCAUUUUGGUAGAAAAGAAUUUACUUCAGCCGUUGAAGAAUUAACUAACAUGGUGCGUGAUACAACAAACACCUCAAAAUACGUAAUGCCACUACAACAGUCACACCCAAUAGUCGCUUAUAACACAAAACAAGAUAGAUCAUUGAAACAUUGGAUAUCAGACGAUAUUUCACAUUGGUUUGAUGUCAAUCAUAUUCAUAUUGAUAUAAAAGAUUUAUUUACAUUUCAAACCCGAACGUCAUUGAUACUUUAUGCCGAACAUUUGAAACUUCAUUACGCACAAGAAUACGAACUACUCUUCAGUCGUUAUCAAGAGAAGUAUGGGAAACAACUGGAGACGGAUAAAUUUAUCACGUUUGUAGAUGCUCUCUACCGUCUUGAUGAUGAGGAUGCAGAUGAUGUCAAGCCAUCUGAGAGUAAAAUUGAAAUUACUUGGCUCUAA